GGUUCCAAUAAGCAUGUUUUAAGUAAAAGUAUUUUAUAGGCAGCAUAUAAAUCGAUCAUUUAAUAUCUCAAAUUACAAUGUCUACUUCUAUCGUUCAAUAUAUACUCCUAAGAAGUGAUUUAUUAAAAGAUUUGGGAUGGUCUGUUGGUGCUUUAGUGGCACAAGCAUGUCAUGCAUCCACAGCCGCUCUCCAUAUAUUUAAAGAAGAUGAACAUACAAUACAGUAUCUCAAUGAUUUAGGCAAUAUGCAUAAAGUAGUUUUAGAAGUACCUAAUGAAGAAUCCUUGAAAAAAACUGCAGAAAAAUUAAAAGAAAAUUCAAUAUCCCAUAAAUUAUGGAUUGAACAACCAGAAAAUAUUCCUACAUGUAUAGCUUUAAAACCGUACCCCAAGGAAGAGGUUAAGAAAUAUGUUAACAAAUUCAAAUUAUAUAAAGCAUCAAUGAAUAAUUAAGUAUUUUUUUUUAUUAUAACAUAUGUAUUAAUAAAGCUGAAUUAAAAAAAU